AUGGCUGGUGAGGAUAGUUUUAUAGUGUUGGUCCACCACAGAGGAUCGAUUAAGAGGAAAACUCGGUCAGGUGUCAAGUUCAUCGAUAAGGAUCCUCUCUGUAUUAUCAUGAGUUUUACGACGAGCUAUGAUGACCUUGCUAGGUCUGUAUUGCAGAAACUUGGUCUAGAAGGUGUUAAACAGGUUAAGAAGUUUUUCUAUCGCAUUCCAAUCACGGUGCUCCAAGAUACCGUGAAGUAUGAUUGCUUCACAAUCGGGAGUGAUGAGGACUUGCAGGUCAUGUUUCUUUGUCGCCGGCAGUUUCCCGAAGUGCGGACACCGGAGCUGUUGGCAAAGCUGGUUGAUGUGGUGUCCAGCUCGGGGGGUUCAAACUGGAAUACCAACACUUUAGCGACGGUUGCUGGUUCUAGCUCAAGUCCUACCUUUGCAUCUUUCGCAGUCCCUGCGUACGAGCCACCCGCCCCGCCUGUCGCCUCCCCUUCGUUCGCUGUUGAUCUCAACGGCAGUGUUGGCAACGAGGUUGGAACAGCGAAACUUGUACUUACCUCUGUACACUGUGCUGCACCGGCUGGAGCUGGAGAUGAAUUGUUUGAUGAUGUAGAGGACGAUGAUGUCGAUCCGGAUAUGAUUGCUGAUGAUAGUGACGAUGAUAUCGCCAUUCAUUAUGUCAAUGGUUAG